GUGUGUAACCAACCCUGGGCCCCGUAUGUGCUUGUCCUGGAGAGCUGAAAUGUCACACUGCUGUCUCUCUAAGCCUUGCAGCAGAGAGUGUGUGUGUUAGGGCUCAGGAUUUUGGGGGGGAAAGUGAAAUGUGCUUUGUGAUCUGAAAGCCGAAGUUGAGUGGAUCUUAUCUGUGUGUUUUGUGUCGUGAAAAGUUGGCAAGGGGCAGCUCCCACAGAAGUCAUGUCGACCCUGCUGCGCUGUGUCUCCGGGUCCUCUGUCACCUUGUUCCAGCAGGGUGUCCGGAAGAAGGUUCACCAGACAGGGAGGAGAUGUUUCAGGACAUACCCUGUGCUGUGGGACCAGCAGGCUACCAAAGGUGUGCUGUAUAAGGACCUGGUGGUUGGUGUCCCUAAGGAGACGUUUCUAAAUGAGCGCCGUGUGGCACUGUCUCCCGUGGGCGUUCAGGCUCUGGUCAAACAGGGCUUCAGCGUGCAGGUGGAGAGUGGAGCUGGAGAUGAAGCAAAGUUCUCCGACCAGCAGUAUGUAGAGGCUGGGGCCACAAUCACAGACACCAAGGGGGCGUUCGGCUCAGACCUGGUCCUCAAGGUUCGGGCCCCUGUCUUAAAUGAGGCCCUGGGGACUCACGAGGCAGAUCUUCUGAAGCCCAAGUCCACCUUGGUUAGCUUCAUCUACCCUGCUCAGAACCCUGAGCUGAUGGCCAAGCUGGCAGAGAGGGAGAGCAACGUGCUGGCAAUGGACCAGGUGCCCCGAGUCACCAUCGCACAGGGCUUUGAUGCCCUCAGCUCCAUGGCCAACAUCGCAGGGUACAAAUCUGUGGUUCUGGCUGCAAACCACUUUGGCAGAUUCUUCACUGGUCAGAUCACUGCGGCAGGAAAAGUACCCCCAGCAAAGGUUUUGGUUAUUGGUGGUGGGGUGGCUGGCUUGGCAGCAGCAGGAGCAGCUAAGUCUAUGGGAGCCAUUGUCAGAGGGUUCGACACCAGGCCGGCAGCCCUAGAGCAAUUUAAGUCGUUCGGGGCGGAGCCUCUGGAGGUGAAUGUGGCAGAGUCUGGAGAUGGUGUUGGUGGCUAUGCAAAGGAGAUGUCUAAGGAGUUCAUUGAGGCUGAAAUGGCUCUGUUCGCCAAGCAGUGCAAAGAUGUGGAUAUCGUCAUCAGCACUGCUCUUAUUCCAGGCAAGCGAGCUCCCAUCCUGAUCAAGAAGGAGAUGGUGGAGUCUAUGAAGGAUGGCUCUGUGGUGGUGGACCUGGCUUCAGAGGCUGGGGGCAACAUUGAGACCACCAAGCCGGGGGAACUCCACGUUUACAACGGCGUCACACACAUCGGAUAUACCGACCUGCCCAGCCGCAUGCCCACCCAGGCCAGCACCCUGUACUCCAACAACGUGCUGAAGCUGCUCAAGGCCAUCAGCCCAGAUAAGGACUACUUCCACUACGAGCCCACUGAUGAGUUUGACUACGGGACAGUCGCCCAUGUGAUCCGAGGGACACUGGUCAUGCAGGAGGGCAAGAACCUGUUUCCAUCCCCCCUCCCUAAGACGGCGCCCCCUGCAGCCCCUGUCAAACACAAGACCAUCGCAGAACUGAAUGCAGAGAAGGCAGCUGAGAUCUCCCCCUUCAGGCGCACUCUGAACUCCGCUGGUGUCUACACUACAGGGCUGUCUACGUGCUUGGCGCUGGGUAUCGUCGCUCCCAACGCGGCCUUCAGUCAGAUGGUGACGACGUUUGGCUUAGCCGGGAUCGUUGGAUACCACACGGUGUGGGGCGUGACCCCUGCGUUGCACUCCCCACUCAUGUCUGUCACCAAUGCCAUCUCAGGUCUGACAGCGGUGGGAGGUCUGGUUCUGAUGGGGGGUGGCCUCACCCCCUCUUCUCUCCCUCAGAGCUUGGCUCUGGCAGCUUGUUUCGUGUCUUCCAUCAACAUUGCCGGUGGUUUCCAGAUCACACAGAGGAUGCUGGACAUGUUUAAGCGCCCCACGGAUCCGCCAGAGUAUAACUACCUGUAUGCGCUGCCAGGAGCUGCCUUCAUAGGAGGCUAUGGAGCUUCGGUUGCAGCUGGGUACAGCAUCGAGCAGAUGAUGUAUUUGGGCUCGGGAAUGUGCUGUGUGGGUGCGCUGGCUGGUCUGUCGGCCCAACGCACUAGCCGCUUGGGCAACACCCUGGGCAUGAUGGGAGUGGCUGGGGGCAUUGCCGCCACCCUAGGUGCCUUGAAGCCCUCCCCUGAGCUCCUGUCCCAGAUGUCCCUGGCCAUGGCCUCUGGAGGAACCCUGGGUCUGACCAUUGCCAAGCGUAUCGAGAUCACAGACCUGCCCCAGCUGGUCGCAGCCUUUCACAGCCUCGUGGGGCUGGCGGCUGUGCUCACCUGCGUAGCAGAGUACAUGAUCGAGUACCCCCACCUGGAGAUGCACCCGGCAGCCAACAUGGUCAAGACCGUGGCCUACCUGGGGACCUACAUCGGAGGGGUCACCUUCAGCGGGUCACUGAUAGCCUACGGCAAGCUGCAAGGCGUUCUGAACUCCGCCCCCCUGUUGUUGCCGGGGCGCCACAUGCUGAAUGCUGGUUUGAUGGCGGCGUCCAUGGGUGGCAUGGUGCCAUUCAUGCUCAGCACCAGUUACACCACAGGCAUGGGCUGCCUCGUGGGGGUGUCUGGCCUCUCCACCAUCAUGGGUGUGACACUGACCGCGGCCAUAGGGGGCGCUGACAUGCCUGUGGUCAUCACUGUGUUGAACAGCUACUCUGGCUGGGCCCUCUGUGCAGAGGGAUUCCUGUUGGACAACAACCUCAUGACCAUUGUUGGAGCUCUGAUUGGUUCCUCGGGUGCCAUUCUCUCCUACAUUAUGUGUGUGGCCAUGAACCGAUCUCUGCCCAAUGUGAUCUUGGGAGGCUAUGGAACCACCACCACAGCAGGGGGUAAACCCAUGGAGAUUGUUGGCACCCACACUGAGGUCAACGUGGACCAGUCCAUCGAGUUGAUCAAAGAGGCCAGCAGCAUUAUUAUCACACCAGGUUGGGGUCUGUGUGCGGCAAAGGCCCAGUAUCCUAUUGCAGACCUGGUGAAGAUGCUGACGGAACAGGGCAAGACAGUCAGGUUUGGUAUCCACCCUGUAGCAGGUCGUAUGCCUGGCCAGUUGAAUGUGCUGCUGGCCGAGGCUGGUGUUCCCUACGAUGUAGUCUUGGAGAUGGAUGAGAUCAAUAAUGACUUCCCAGAGACGGAUCUGACGCUGGUUAUUGGUGCCAAUGACACUGUGAACUCGGCAGCACAGGAGGAUCCUAACUCCAUCAUUGCCGGCAUGCCCGUGCUCGAGGUCUGGAAGUCCAAGCAGGUGAUUGUGAUGAAGCGUACCCUGGGUGUGGGGUACGCUGCCGUGGACAACCCCAUCUUCUACAAGCCAAACACUUCCAUGCUGCUGGGAGAUGCCAAGAAGACGUGUGACAACCUACAGGCCAAGAUCAGAGAGGCCUACUACUAGGACUAAUACAAACUCCCCAUAGGCUUACCCUCAUGUAUUUAUUUCUCUUGAAUCCAGAUGCCAGAAUAAUUGUUCACUUUAGAAACAUGUAGAAUGUCUAGUAGUUUAUUUGGGUCCUCCAGUAAAUGUGAUGACAAUAGUGGUAAAGGAAUAUUGACAGUGACAAUGUUUUACCAGAAGUGCCAAACAUUAACCAAAAUCAUUGAUUUGAGAAAAAAACUACCCAGUUGCAUGUCCUGCCUGAUUUGUAAAUAAAAAUGUUUAAGAGUUUA